AUGAAGCAAAUUUUGGGGGGGGGGUUUGAACAUAAUGACUUAGAACAAUUACAAGAUCCAGUGUUAUUAGAUGGAUUGGAUAGUAAUGAUGAUGAAAUACAAGAAGCAAGGGAAAGAAUGAAGGGAUUCAACUGUAGCAUUGUUGAAUUAGCUCAUAAACUCCAAGCUGAGGCUGAUCAGUGUGGGCUUACUGCACAACAACUGGGAUCUACAAACCCACAGAACAGUGAAGCAGAGGGUAAAGUUGACCCUAAAUCUGAAUAUGAGGAUUCUGGGGAAGAAAUACAUUCACCUGUUGUAAGUGGUGAUGAAGCUGACAACAUUCAACAAAGAAGGGAGAGAAGAGGGUUGUUAGUGGGGAAGCAUACAGACUUCUCAUUAUUUCCGUGGAAGGUGGGUCAGAGAUUCACAAGUAGGGAAUAUUUUAAGCAAGCUGUGGCCAAGUUUGCAGUGUUACAAGGGAGGAAAUUGCACAUUGUUUUGGCUAAUAAAAAAAGGCAUCAAAGGAUAGGUGUAAGGUGUAGUUCAGGUUGUCCCUUUAGAUUGUAUGGUUCCUGGGAUUCUAGAAGGGGAUCAUUUAUUGUUAAAACUUUGAUUGGGGAUCAUACUUGCAUCAGAAACAUGGAAAAGAACAAGCAACUGAAAUGUAGCUGGCUUGCAGACCAGUUACUUGAUGUUUUCAAAGUUAGGAAUCAUUGGCCUGCUAAAGAAAUUAUUGAAACUGUGAGGAGAGCUUAUAGAGCCAUUGUGAAGCCUGAUUUUUCUUAUAAAGUUAAGUGGCAUGCUCACAGGAAACUUCAUGGGUCAAUGAGGGACCACUAUGGGAAGGUUGGUAGAUACCUAGAAGCUGUGAAAAGGUUUAAUCCUAACACACACUUGGACUUGGUAACUUACAUGGAGAAGAACAAGCCUCCAAUGAUUUUUCAGAGACUGUAUGUGUGUUUUGAGGGUGUGCAUAUGGGUUGGAAGGAAGGGUGUAGGAAGAUAAUUUGUGUAGAUGCAUGUUUCUUGAAAACAUUCCUAGGAGGUCAGUUGAUGUCAGCUGUAGGAAGGGAUGGUAAUGAUCAAAUGUACCCAAUUGCUUGGGCUGUAGUGGAGGGAGAAAACAAUAGUUCUUGGGAAUGGUUCCUUAAACACCUCAGCAAUAGCCUUGUGGUUAUUGUUGGUAUGUUUCAGUCAAUCUUAACUGGAGUUGGAGUCAUUCUCCCUAAUGCUGAGCACAUGCACUGUGCAAGGCAUAUUUAUGCCAAUUGGCAUAAGUCUUUCAAAGGGGAUGAAUUGAAGCUUAAGUUUUGGAGCUGUGCCAAGGCAUACAAUAGAGCUGACUAUGAGGAAGCAUUAGAGAAAUUAACACUAGCUGAUCCAGCAACUGCAGAGGCUUUCAAAGCAUACAAUCCAAAGUUGUUCUACAGAGCUUUUAUGAAAACAGAGGUGAAGUCUGAUGCCAUUACAAGCAACAUGGAAGAGACUUUCAAUGGGUACAUAAUACAAGCCAGAGCAAAACAUCUACUGUACAUGCUUGAAGACAUCAGAUCAUCAUUAAUGAAAAGAUUGGUGACAAAGAAACAGGAAAUGGAGAAAUGGACAACAUCACUUUGUUCUAGGAUACAAAAAAAGUUGGAGUGGGAGAAAGAAGAGGCAGCCAAGUGUCAUGUCAUCCCCUCAAGCAGUACAUUGUUCCAAGUUAGUCACAUUUUGGACACAAUGAGUGUUGAUCUGGAAAAUAGGAAGUGCACUUGCAGAAAAUGGGAUAUGACAAGCAUCCCUUGUUGCCAUGUUGUUGCAACAUUGUUCUUCACACAUAAAAAUGCAGAGGAUUUUGUUGAUAAUUAUUACAAGAAGGAUAAGUACCUGCUGUGUUAUUCAAAUUCAAUCCCUCCCCUGGAGGGGGAAAGACACUAG